AUGGUACAGACAGUAGGGAGAGUUUUGUCAGAACCCCGUAUAUUCACUGCAUUGUCUCUGUUUCAAACUGCAACGAUCGCUCUUCUUCUAAUCGCGUUUCUUCAAAACGCUGCGGCUGAGAAAAGAAUUCAACGUAUCGUCAAGCAUCACGGCGCGGUUGCCACCGAUGAUGGUCGGUGUUCCGACGCCGGAGUGAUGACACUUCGCGGGGGAGAAAACGCAGUUGACGCGGCGGUUGCUGCUGCGUUCUGUCUGGGAGUUUUGAGCCCCGCAUCAAGCGGUAUAGGCGGCGGAGCGUUUAUGCUCGUGAAAGAGGCUGGUGGAAAGGAAAUUGCUAAUGACUCGAGAGAAACAGCUCCUCUCAAAGCAACCGAGAACAUGAAUGGAGGCAAGGAUGAUCUAAAGAAGCAAGGAGGCUUAUCAGUAGUGUCCGGGCUAUUCGCCGCAUGGAAACGGCACGGGAAGCUGCCGUGGAAGAAGUUGAUCAAACCGGCGGAGAAACUUGCGUCUAAAGGUUUCGAGAUAUCGAGAUACCUCCACAUGCAGAUGAACGCAACUCGCGGGGCCAUCUUAGCGGACAAAGGUCUCUCUGACCUGUUGGUUUCAAACGGGGAGCUCAAGAAACCCGAAAUUGGCUUCUAA